GCCACAAGACAGAGCACAGCUGCAUCGGGCUGCUGCAGAGCCGGAGAGCACCGUGAAGGAGGAACCCCGCACACCCGCCUCCCGCAGGACACAGCCAACCGCAGCUGAGCAGCAGCCAACAAGCAAGACGAAGAGCCAAUCACAAGGCGCCUUUGAAAGCUCCAGGAUGCAGAUAACUUCAGCGCUAGCGUGCCUCGCCCUGGGCCUGGCUCUGGUCUUGGGGAGAGGAUCUGCUUUACAUCCCCGAGAGUCCCACACAGCCCAUCAGGCCACCGACUUCGGGGUCAAAGUGUUCAAGCAUGUGGUCCAGGCCUCCAAGGACCGGAACGUGGUUUUCUCUCCCUACGGGGUGUCCUCGGUACUGGCCAUGCUGCAGCUGACCACAGCAGGGAAAACCCAGCAGCAGAUCCAAGACGCUAUGGGAUUCAAAGUCAAUGAGAAGAGCACGGCCCCCGCUCUCCGUCGGCUGUCCAAGGAGCUCAUGGGGCCCUGGAACAAGAACGAGAUCACCACCGCGGACGCCAUCUUCGUCCAGCGGGACCUGGAGCUGGUCCAGGGCUUCAUGCCCCACUUCUUCAAGCUCUUCCGGACCACGGUGAAGCAGGUGGACUUCUCAGAGGUGGAGAGAGCCAGAUUCAUCAUCAAUGACUGGGUGGAGAGGCACACCAAAGGUAUGAUCAGCGACUUACUUGCCAAAGGGGCUGUGGACCAUCUGACGCGUCUGGUGCUGGUGAACGCCCUCUACUUCAACGGCCAGUGGAAGACCCCCUUCUCAGCGUCCAGCACCCACCACCGCCUCUUCCACAAGUCUGAUGGCAGCACCGUCUCUGUGCCCAUGAUGGCUCAGACCAACAAGUUCAACUACACUGAAUUCACCACUCCUGAAGGCCACUACUAUGACAUCCUGGAACUGCCCUACCACGGCGAAACCCUCAGCAUGUUCAUAGCGGCGCCCUACCAGAAGGAAGUGCCCCUGUCCGCCCUCACCAGCAUCUUGGAUGCUGAGCUCAUCCGACAAUGGAAAGGGAACAUGACCAGACUACCCCGUCUCCUCAUCCUGCCUAAGUUCUCUCUGGAGACUGAGGUGGACCUCAGAGGGCCCCUGGAGAGUUUGGGCAUGACGGACAUGUUUAGCCCAGUCCAGGCCGACUUUACAAGUCUUUCCGACCAAGAGCAGCUCUCUGUAGCUCAGGCACUGCAGAAAGUCAAGAUCGAGGUGAACGAGAGCGGCACUGUGGCGUCGUCCUCCACAGCCAUUCUAGUCUCAGCCCGCAUGGCUCCUCAGGAGGUGGUUAUGGACCGGCCCUUCCUCUUUGUGGUUCGGCACAAUCCGACAGGGACAAUCCUCUUCAUGGGCCAAUUGAUGGAGCCUUGACAGCGGGAAGAGAAGCCUUCACUCGGGACAAAACUGGAGACGUUUAUAAGCAGAAACUCUGAGGAAAAUAAUUAUUUUAAGUACUCUUUCUGGAGAAAAAGGAGGCAUUUCCUUUUCACUCCCACACUGGUAAAUCUUUCCAACCGGCCUCCCAGACCUCGGACUCUCGAAGGGGAAAGAGUCGAACUCCCUCACUAGGAGUUGGACUCCCCUGUUCCACAAAGGUCUGUGAUCCAGACCACAGACCUCACAGAAUCUUCAUCUGCUCAUCUUUCUAACGUUCAGCUUUUGGACCUGGGUCCCAUUAACACCCCAGUGGGGUGGGGCCACAAGACUUCCCCUCGGCAUGCUUGGGCAAAAGUCAUUUGUGUUCCAGUCACGCUGUGGCCACCUCUUGCCCCUGUCUGCCAUGGCUGGGGUGGGUGGCCAUGGGCUAAAGGAAGAAACGCUGCCUUUCUCUCAAGGCGCACUGUGGAAACGAACACCUUGCCCAGCUCCCAGGGCCAGCAGAUGGACGGAUCAAGUGUUUGCCCAGGACUGAGCCCUCUCCCAGCUCCCUGUGUGCCCUCCCCAACACAGCAUGCAUAGGUUAUUUCAGAGUGUAGGUGACUUGUUUACAUAGCUUUUUUCAACCCACAAACUCUUUUCCUUUUGGGAACAGUGAAAAGAAAGGUCAGAUGUGUGUAUGCCUGGCUCUUCAUCCCCCCAACCUCCCAGAGGGGUGCAGGGGAGAGGCCAGGGGUGUGCGUGAAUAUUUAUCACAUUCUUCCUCUUGUAGCUUGUUGGAGAGAAAAAGCACUGUUAAGGAAAAAGCAUUUUAUUUAAACCAUGGCACACGGUGUCCUAUUUGGGGUCUGUAUUCCUGUAUCUCAGGGGUGCGACACUCCACAAGCCUGCCCCUCCGGGUGGCCCCAGUGAUGGGGGCUCACACUGCCGCCUAGUGGCAGCCCAACACACCCUUACCCCAAUACUCGCCCCCCACCCCCCACCCCUGUGGCUUUUUUUCCUUAGGGACCUUGCCAAGGUGAUGCUUGGCAGCCCACGUUAAAGGAAGAAGAAGAAGAAAAAAAAAAGAUUGGGUGGAAGAGAGAGAUUUGAGGGAGGGCAAAGUGGUUUCACAUUUUCCCAAUACAUUCAGGAACAGAACGGCAAAAGGGGCUGUGUGACCUAACAGGACAGAACUUUCUCCAAUUACCGGGUGACUCAGAGCCGCACUGGUGACUCACUUCAAUGUGUCAUUUCCGGCUGCUGUAUGUGAGCAGUGGACACGUGGGGGGUUGGGGGGGGAGGGAUGAAAGAGACAGCCAGCUCCCGGUCAACCACCUUAGUUAGAUAAUCAUUUUUGAAAGCCUCCUCAGCUGGGGGUGUGAUCAGAAAACCAAUUUACUGAAAAAUUGCACAAGAAGGUAACGUGAAUGUAAUCUCAUAGCAGGGCCACUCUGCAUCCAUUAUGCCUCCACCGGAAAAAACCAACUCCGUCUUUGUGUUUUCGUUCCUCUCUCUCUUCCUCUCCCUCUCUCUCUCUUUCCUUUUUUCAUUAUGCACUGGACAGCCACACACUGUACCCACAGGGGCCCCAAAUGGGGGGUCGAAUGUUCUUGAAUGUUGUUGGUAAAUGCUUUUUUUUUCACUUUUGAUAUAUAAACAGGUGAAUAUGUUUUUAAAAACAAUAAAAAUAAAUGAUAUGCAAAUAAAAUUGCCCGCUUUUUGCCUUCUACGUUUUACUCAACACAAGGCAUCAAAACCGUCCUGGGGACCGGUAAAAUGGCUUGCCACGCAAGACUGAUGAUCUGCGUUUAAACCCUGGAUCCCACACGACGGAAGGAGAGAACUGACUCCUGAAAGGCGUCCUCUGACCUCCACACACAGGACGCGGCCCGUGCACCCACACUCACACACACAGAUAAUGAGAAUGAAACAGAGUUGAGGGACAGCCGACAUGGCUCAAAUGGUAAAAACAGCUGCUGACAAGCCCAAAGACCUGAGUUCAAUUCCCAGAACCCACAGGGCAGAAGAACCGACUCUUCUUACAAGUUAUCCUCUGACUUUGACACACCCAUGCUGAGCACAGACUUGUGUGCUCACACCCACACCCACAAAAUAAAUGUAAAUGAAAAUAAGCCAUGACUGAGCACAAACCUGGGCUCUAGCCCUUGGGAGGCAGAGGCAGGAAGAAUCUCCAGUUCUAGGCUAGCUCAGCCUCGGGUACAAACUGGAAUCAAUAACUAUAGCAAGAACGAAAAAGAAGCCAUAACUGACCUCCGGUGGUAGGGACUUUGGUGAAGCGCACACCCACAGGUAUAAGCCUGUGCAAAAAUCCAUGAGAGGUCACCACAGCUCUGUGUCCCACCUCAAGGACACGUUGUACAGGGUCUGAUUCUCCCCUGGGGGAAACCAUCCUUAAAACAGGGAAAGGGAGGGCUGGGGACGUGGCUCAGCUGAUGCUUGCCCAGCCUGGACAAAGCUCUGGGUUUGAUCCUUGGAACUCCAUCAAAGUAGGCAUGGUGACACACGCCUGUAGUUCCAGUGCCUGGGAGGUGGAGGCAGGAGGAUUCAGAAAUUCAAGAUCGUUUUGGGCCAUGUAGUGAAUUUGUAGCCAAACUGGGC